AUGGGCCACGAUUUCGAACCCCUCCAGAAUGAUCUCAUCAUCAGGGCAGCAUGGGGCCAGGUCGUUGAGCGACCUCCCAUAUGGAUCAUGAGGCAAGCUGGGCGAUAUCUGCCCGAGUACCACGAGGCCAAGGGAAAGCGGGACUUUUUUGAGUGCUGUCGAGACCCCGAGGUGGCCUCGACGCUGACGCUCCAGCCGAUUGAGCGGUUUGCGGGGCUCCUGGACGCCUCCAUCAUCUUCUCCGACAUCCUCGUCAUCCCCCAGGCCAUGGGAAUGACUGUCGAGAUGGUGGACAAGAAGGGGCCGCACUUCCCCAACCCGCUGAGCUCGCCUGAUGACGGCCAGUACGGCGAGGUCAUGGCCCGCGACAUCGACGUCUCCAGGGAGCUCGACUACGUCUACCGGGCCAUCACCUUGACCCGCAAGAAGCUCCGUGGCCGCGUCCCGCUCAUCGGCUUCUGCGGCGCCCCGUGGACCCUGUUCUGCUAUAUGGUCGAGGGCGGCGGAACCAAGCUCUUCAUCCAGAGCAAGAAGUGGAUCUUCAGGUACCCCGAGGAGAGCAAGAAGAUGCUGCAGAAGAUUGCCGAGCUCUGCGUUGAGUACCUGGCUCUGCAAGUCCAGGCCGGAGCGCAGCUCGUGCAAGUCUUCGACUCCUGGGCAGGCGAGCUCUCGCCCGCGUCGUUUGAGAAGUUCUCGGCGCCGUACCUGUCCUACAUAUCGGCGAACCUGCCCAGGCGGCUCAAGGAGCUCGGGCUCGACCCAGUCCCGAUGAUUGUCUUCCCCAAGGGCGCCUGGUACGCCCUCGAAUCGGCCUGCGACAUGGGCUACAACGUCGUCGGCCUGGACUGGACCUUCCGGCCCUCGGCGGCUGACAAGGCGCGCGGCGACCGGUCCAUCGUGCUCCAAGGCAAUGCCGACCCAGGAGUGCUCUACGGAACCAAAGAGGCCAUCACCGCGGCCGUCGAGGAAAUGGUCGAGGGCUUUGGGUGGGCCGCGAAGAAGAAGGGCUGGAUCGUGAACCUGGGCCAUGGCAUCACCCCGCUCGUGAGCCCGGACGACCUCAAGUUCUACCUCCAGGAAAUUCACCGCCAAACCCAGAACUAA